GUGUGUGAAAUUGAAAUGUUAUUUUUUUCGCAUAUCCCAACUCUACCCGAGACACCCUCGGAGAGUGGGGUCACGGUGGCUAGGUUUAGUCACAAUGGCGACCCUGGAACAAUUAGGGUUAAGUGCCUUGCUCAUGGGCACAUCGACAGAUUUACUAGUUAAUAACCAUGGGCACCAUGAUGGUGUACAUUAGUCAUACGACCCUAAACUAAUGCAGUACUAUUGAUAUAAAGUUAAAAUUGUCCAUGCCUCUUUCACUUUAUCAUUCUCGCUCUAUCUUUUAUCAUACUGCACCCACUCUUACCUGUCUUUUUCCACGCUUUCAUCCAUUGAYCUUUCAUCUUUACUACCUUCUUUCUAAAGAAGAUGUCUGGUGGGGUUAAUAAAUCUGUUGGCAAAUUAUCUAGUCUGUCAACCUGUAUGAAAAUCACAUUACCAGUCUGUUUCCUGUUUUAAUGCAGAGCCCAGAUAAAGACAACAGUGAAGAGGAAACUGUAUGAGAACAGCAGGAUGCCCCUCUCUUCCGACUCUCCCAAAAAGACCACCAAGAAGACCACGGUCACCAUGGCAGCUGAACCAGCACCCGUGGCCCCCACAGUCAUUGCUGUGCCCACCUCACAGGUUGUCCUGACAACAGGGCUUCAGAGCGCCUCCCCUAUGCCCCCUGCCAUCAAGAAACAGAAAACAGCAGAUGUGACGCUCAGUGCUCUGAAUGACUUGGAUGUGAACAGCGACCUGGUGGACAUUGAGGGACUGGGAGAUGGAUCCAACACCAAGCUCAAUUUCGAUCAAGAGAGCCUCAACCUGGACUCCAGCCUCAUCAUGAACUCCAGUGACAUGCCCCUCCUGUCUCACUGACCUCUAACCCCGCUGUACCCGUUGGUUGAAAAACCUGGGUCCCUCUAUCACCAGAAAGCAGAUUAGUUGGUAUCCUUGUUACAGAGCUAUUUUGGACAGAUUUUAGCAGAUGCCUUUUUGUAUUUUUAUGAACAGACCCCCCCCCCCCCC